AUGCUGCUGCAAGGCAUCAACGAUAGCAACUACGAAGUUGUGCACACUUCGGCAAUUUUGAUCGGUCUAAUUAAUCUAGCUUUGGGUCCAAGACCAGGAGAAUACAUCGCAUUCAGCGACCAAGCUGGAUCUGACUUUCUCGGGCUCUUGCGAGGGGUGCAAUCGAUCAGAUCCCACAACGAAGACAGCGAAAGCACAAAUACGCCCCCUGAAGCCGCAACGAACGUCUCAAUACCACUAGAAUCUUCGGAAUACGGAGCCGACGCUGGGUACAAAUACCAUUUUCAAAUGCUACGACGCCGAGCUCAGCAGAUAUCCGACAUUGGGGUCAGGGCGGCUUACAACGUUGCGUUGGAUGAUUUGGAAGUGUUCUUCAUUGUGAUGGAACCAUCUGCUUUGGAAACACAUCACGCUAGCCCUCUCGGCUGGCUAUACCGGAUUCCGGAGCGAUUUCUAGACCAGCUUCGGAAGAGAGAAUCUCUUUCAUUGGCAAUUCUGGCUUGUUUUGCAGUCGUGCUCAAGGAGUUAGAGCACGGAUGGCCUGCUGAUGGAUGGGCAGAUCACAUUAUGGCUGGGGUUUGCGAACGCACAGAACCAGAAGCCCAGGAUCUUCUACAGUGGCCAGUGUCACGCCUGGGAGACAGUCUCUCGUGA